CACCAAUGUAUUACAAGGGAUACUAUCAUUUGUUCUAUCAAUAUAACCCAAAAGGUGCAGUGUGGGGCAAUAUUGUAUGGGCACAUUCGGUAUCGAAAGACAUGAUAAAUUGGAUUUCGUUAAAACCAGCAAUCACACCAUCAAAACCUUUUGAUAAGUACGGGUGUUGGUCUGGCUCGGCCACAAUUCUACCAGGAAACAAACCUGUUAUUUUGUACACUGGAAUAAUUGCCAAAAAACCAAAACCAGGCUACCAAGUCCAAAACUAUGCAAUACCUGCAAACUAUUCAGAUCCCUUUCUCAAGGAAUGGAUCAAACCCGAUGACAACCCAAUAGUGAAACCAACUCAUGAGAACGUGUCAUCAUUUCGUGACCCCACAACGGCUUGGUUCAACAAUGGUCGUUGGAAAAUGAUUAUAGGAAGUAAACAUAAUCAUCGUGGCAUUGCAUAUUUGUAUAGGAGCCGAGAUUUUGUUAAAUGGACUAAGGCCAAACAUACAUUUCAUGACAAACCUGACACCGACAUGUGGGAAUGUCCGGACUUUUACCCCGUAUCAACAUGUGGAACAAACGGGUUGGAGACCUCGACGCUAGAAGGAGGAGUUAAACAUGUUUUCAAAGUUAGUCUUGAUGCGACUAGGUUUGAGUAUUACACGAUUGGGACAUAUAACACAAUCAAGGAUAAAUACUACCCUGGCACCACUUUUGUUGAUGGUUGGGCUGGGUUAAGAUACGAUUAUGGAAACUUUUAUGCAUCAAAAACAUUCUUUGACCCGGGCCAAAACCGGAGGAUUUUGUGGGGGUGGGCUAAUGAGUCAAGCACCGCGUUAGAAGAUACCACAAAGGGAUGGGCUGGAAUUCAGUUGAUUCCACGUAUGGUAUGGUUACAUCCUAGUGGAAAGCAGUUGGUGCAAUGGCCAAUUCAUGAAUUGGAAAGCUUAAGAGGUGAUAGGCUGCACCAAACCGAUGUGACACUCAACAAGGGAGAGAUGCUUGAGGUCAAUGGAAUUACAGUUGCCCAGGCGGAUGUGGAAGUGACAUUUACGUUUUCUAGCUUGGAUGAAGCUGAGACUUUUGAUCCAGAAUGGUCCAAAUUACCCUCCGAAAAUCUUGCAAUGGAGAUAUGUGGAAUCAAGGGUACUAAACAAGGCGGGUUAGGGCCGUUUGGAGUCUUAACGUUGGCCUCUAAGAAACUCGAAGAAUACACUCCUGUAUUCUUUAGGGUAUUCAAGACUCUAGACGACAAACAUAAAAUUCUUAUGUGUUCAGACGCUACACAUUCCUCGUUGAACAAGAAGGUAUAUAAACCACCAUUUGCAGGUUUUGUGGAUGUUGAUAUUGGCAAAAAGAAGCUUUCACUUAGGAUCUUGAUCGAUCAUUCAGUUGUAGAAAGCUUCGGGGAAGGUGGAAUGACUGUUAUAACAUCAAGGGUUUAUCCGACACUAGCAGUGGGGAGAAAUGCACAUUUGUAUCUAUUUAACAAUGGUACAGAGAGCAUUACUCUUGAGAAAUUUAAUGUUUGGUCGAUGAAUAGUCCCCAUGUCAUGAAUUAAGCUAAGUUUAGUUACGUAGUAAAGUACUAGUUGAUUAAUUAGUUAACGUGACGUUAUUUGGGAUUAAUUUUCCAAA